AUGACAGCUGGUACUCAUGUUUUACUGACAAGAGUACAAUCGAUUGUACCAGUCGACUGGAGACGAAAAAGUCAUAUUUUUCAUUCGACGCUAAUUGUUGUGAGAUGCAUCUUUGGGCUUAUCGAUGUCGGCCUAGUCAAAAUUGACAACUAUCCCAACGGUACAUGUAAAUACACUGACCAAGAAUAUUGGGGUCCAAUAUACACUUUAUAUGACACAUUGAUUGAUGUCUAUGUAACAGUGGUGAUUUCGUACAUUUUAUUGUCCCAUAUACGAUCACUUGUAUCUGACAGAAUGCAGGUUAACAAUAACCUUUAUGUCUCAGUUAUCUAUCAUAAUGUGAUACGAACACUGUGUUUGACCAUCGUUAAUUUAAUCUCGACUACACUUAUCGUCAUGAGAGACCGAGUUGAAAUCAUUAUGCUUUUAUGGCCUAUUAUCAACAUUGCCUUUGUUAUUCUUGUAGGAUACGAUUCAGAUGUUACGAAAUCGAUACGUAGACUAAGACAAAAGUAUUGGAGCAGCUUAUCUGUGAUGGCUAGCACAGUUGAUAUAGGCCAAAUACCAUCUAUUUCUAUACCCUCCAAUACGAAGCGUUCCAGCUCAACCAGUCAUUCGGAUAUUGAGUUGGAAUUAGGCGCCGAAAACCUGCAUAAUAAUAAUAAUAAUAACCGUGCUGUGCGCGACAAUAACUUUGACCUAAGUUUAAUACAGCUAGAACGGUGGAAAUCCGGUUUAAGUUCAACAGAACGUCAGAUCCAAGACCAAGCGGGUUAUGACACGAGGGAGGACAGAAGGCUCUCUUUACCUAAUUUACAGCGUCACGCCAGUGGCUCCUACGAUACAGAUAAUACUCUUACAUAA